ACACUCCGCCCCAUAUUCGCCUCUGCCCGCGUCGCAAAACUCACGCGCUACCUCCAGCCCGCAAUCCGGCCUUCUGAGUAUACAGCACGGAUUCGACUGUUUGCGACACCACGUUUUCCAAAUAAGCGCCAAGUUGCCAACGGAAGCGUGCGUGCCGGAGGUUGGAGCUCAACUACCCGCCCAGUGCAACCUACUCCAGAACACCACGUUCCACCAUGGUGCUACGCAAGCAGGAAGACCUCGUCCCGCGCCCGCUUUCCCACGCGACGAACAACCCGCCCUAUCCCACAACGCCCUCCGAAGAACGCGUACCCCAACUCCCCGCUCUCUCCACCGACCACCCGGACGUCUACUCACCAGAUCUCAACAAGUCACCCGCCUUCCAGCUGAAGCCGCUCGACGAGGCUCAGAAACGGAAAGGCGAUGACGAUGACGACUCCGUGUAUAGCGACAACGAGUGGGACCAGUCGGACGAUGACACUCCCGACAACGACAUCCCGGACCCGCUGAAGAUUGGCGGUGGGAAGUCGAUACCACCGCCAGCUACUGAAAAGAAGGACUCGCUGCCAGAUGUACUGAAGGCAGGACCACCAAAAGGCAUGCCCAUCAGGAAGCCGUUGGAGAAGAUCUCGCCCGAGCCCACGGGUGCCACGUCGUCCUCGUACGCAAGCAACGCUUCUGGGAGCUCGAUACCGUUGAAGACCAACAACCCGUACCUCAAGAUGCAGCAAACAGGCCAAAGCAACUUCGGUGCUGAGAGCAGCCAGCAGGUCUGGGGUGACGCUCCCGCGCAAGCCCAACAAUACCCCGUGGAGCUGCCUUCAUUCCAGACACCAACUACCCCAACGAACCGCAUGGCAGAUCUGGCUUUUAACGGCAACAGCUCUCCAGCCGUUGUACAACAAGGCUUCAAGUCGUCCACUCCGCCCCCUGCGAUAGCAGUGCAGUCACCUAGCACGGCAGGCCCGUAUCCUGAUCAUGACGCCAACACAUCUUUCCACCAAGCUCCUGCGAUCGACAGCUCAUCCUUAGACGCUUUCGAGCAAAGCUUUGCGCAACCACAUAACGAGCAUACUCGGGCUGCAUCUCAAUCCCCGCCCACAGAACAGAACCCUUGGGACGCACCACCAGAAUCUGCGGCCGCUAGAGAAGCUAGAGAAGAGCAGGAGCGCCAGAAUGCGAACGGCUUCGCAGGCAGAAUACAACCGCCGACCCGAGCCCCACCCGCAGCGCCGUUGCCGUUCGACGAAGAACCAGCGCCCGCACUGCCACUGCGGCCGACUCACGAAGAGCAGCCGCCGCCGAUGCCACAGCGACCCCAAGAAGAACAGCCACCGCCCAUGCCCCUUCGGCCGUUGGAAACGGGAGUCAUUCCAACCGCAGGCACUGCUCCUGAAUCGCCAAACACAGUGAUGAACAGGCAACGAAAAGAGACCUACCAGAUCAAGCACAUUCGAUGGCACGAUGUCAACAAGCGCGGCAUCAGGACCUCGCCGAUUCUGACGCAGAAUAUCAAUGGUCCCUGUCCUCUGCUGGCAUUGGUCAACGCUCUUGUUCUUUCUACUCCAGCUGAUGUGGAAACUGCUCUUGUCGAGACCUUGCGCACACGUGAACAAGUCAGCCUUGGCUUGCUCCUUGACGCGGUGUUCGACGAGCUGAUGUCUGGUCGCCGGGGUGACGCUGCUCAAGAGCUUCCAGAUGUGAGCGAUCUAUACAAGUUCCUGCUAGCCCUGCACACUGGCUUGAAUGUCAACCCGAUGUUUGUCCAAGACCCAGACGCAACAGACGGCACUUCGACCCUCUCUGUUCUUGCUGCACGGCCUGGUGUAUUUGAGAACACGCGGGACAUGAAGUUGUAUAGAACAUUCAACCUCCCGCUAAUGCACGGGUGGUUGCCUGACCCUGGAUCAGACGCAUACCGCGCUUUCGAUCGUAUAGCUAAGACCUACGAGACAUCGCAAUAUGUGCAAUUUCAGGAGGAAGAAUUGGAUGCAAAGCUGCAGAGUGGUGAAGCUCUAUCUACCGACGAGCAGCAGAUGUUCACUGACAUCCAUGCAAUCAAGGAAUUUCUCAACCUGUGGCCGACCCAACUAACCACAUAUGGCCUGAAGACCAUGCGCGAGACUUUGCAGCCGGGACAAGUGGCGAUCCUCUUCCGGAAUGACCAUUUCUCUACCUUAUAUAAGGACACGCGUACAGGCAGCCUUGUGACGUUGGUGACAGAUCAAGGUUACUCGACCCAUGACGAGAUUGUCUGGGAAUCUCUGGUGGAUGUGAACGGACAAGGAAGUGAGCUUUUCUCUGGUGACUUCCGCCCCGUGGGCAACAGCAUAUCACCACAGCGAUCACAAUUGCAGCCCCCUGUCCAGAGCAUGUUGGAUGCAAGCGACCAUGAGGGCUGGACCACCGUGCAGCGACGCGGCAACCAGGCCAUUCCAUCCUCAGGCCUUGCUCCACCAGAGAAUGCUGCACCCCAAUCCCCUACAUCGGAUACAAGUAGGACGGAGCAGGAAGACCAUGAUCUCGCACUAGCACUGCAGCUUCAAGAGGAAGAAGACGACCGCCAUCGCAGAUCGCAAGAAGAGCGUCGUAGACGAGAGAUCCAGCUGUCGGAAGAUGCCAUCUCCGCCCAAUCACAACAGCGUUCGCCAAAUCGACGUACAUCCCGUCCAGGCGAAACACCCCCAGUCAUCCCGCCUCGUCGCAACGUUCAGACUCACCGCCCGACCAACGAGCCUGUUCCGCCACCAACCUAUGAGGAGGCAGCAACAGCCCCGACUUACCACCCACCGCAAGGCCAUCCCGCAAACCCUGGUGCUCCGCUUCGAGCUCAGGGGAGCGCAUAUCAAGCGAACACUCAGACAACACCUUUGGUGAACCAAAUCCCGCAACAUGGGCGAAUGGAUUCUAGGCCGACGACGCAACACCCAGGCCGCCCUGGCAGGCGGCAGAGCGGUGUUGUGGCACCGGGUCAAGAAGAUAGGGACAAGUGCGUCGUGAUGUAGACGCGCAGAGUCCAGAUUUUCAAUUGGCUAAUGCUAACUCUCUUUUUUGUUACUAGGGGCGUCGCAUCGUGCGCGACGUUUUGCAGUGUCUUGUAGCUGUUCGUGAGCAUUUCCCUGCAGAUGAUUAUCCGGCGUUUGAAAGGAUACCCCGUUGGUUGGAGGACAGGUCGGCGCGAAUACGCUGGGAAGAUAUAUCUCGGGACGCUUCUAGCGUUGUAUGCAUAUUCUGUUUUUAGCAAUACUCGACUAUUUCGAUUUGUUGCAUUGAAAUUGUUCAGUGCAAUCCCCA